AUGACACACAUUAGCAUUGCUGGUGUGUGGGCCCUUCUCCGUGUUCGGUCAACCUCCGACGCCGGGGAUCAGAUGGAGAUCGAGGAUUUGCUGCUCCGCUUCUUCUGUCCUGAUAUCAGAACUGACUUGGUCGAGGCGGACGGAGACCUGUCUCCAAUGGCCGACCUAACAUCCACAUUCGAUGGGCUCUUGAAGAGCCACGAUGCUCCCCCAACCCGCCGGAGCUUCGACAUCAAGCGCAUCGACGAAUUUCUCAAGGAAGCAUACAGGAUAAACACGCACAUAGUCAACCUGCACACCCAGCUCCGCGAUGUCCGCCGCGCCUACCUCUCGACCGCCCAGCCGCGCAAGACCCAGCCGCGCAGCGCCCGCGCGGAGCAGCGCCAGGAGGCCUUCCUGACCGACCAGCAGCGCGAGGAGAUCGACGCCGACGCCAAGCGCCUGCUGCGCGACCUCAACGCCUCGAUCCGCAGCCUGUCCGAGGCCGAGGAGCUGCACCAGAGCACGCAGCAGGCGCUGCUGCGCAAGCGCUUCGCGGCGAGCCUCUCGGCCCUGCUCAGCGGGCUGACGGCGAACCCGGAGCGCGAGGCGGCGGAGAAGGCGCUGCAGCAGGUGGCGGCGCACCGGGAGGGCGUGCUGUGGUACCUGCGGCAGCGGCUGCAGGAGUGCGGGCAGCUGCAGCAGAGCAUGAUGGAGAUACGGCUCACGAGGGAGAUGGAGAAGAACAGGAGCGUGCUGGCCAAGGCGCAGCUCGACGCGCAGUGGAGCGCGUCGGCGGAGGCGUCGGCGGCGGGGUUCACGUCGCCUACUUCAGCUGGUGCGGGCGGCAAGGGGCCGUCUGCGGCGCAUCUGGACGAGGAGGAUGAGAGGAGGAGGCGGAGGGCCAGAGACGAGCUGACGGACGAGCAGGUCCAGAUGUUUGAGAAGGACAACCAGGAUAUGCUCAAACACUACGAGAGCACGCUGGACAAGGUCAAGACGGCGGAAAAGUCGCUGGUCGAGAUCUCGGAGCUGCAGACGCUACUGGUGAACAACCUCGAGAUACAGGCAUCGCAUAUCGAGCAGCUGGUGGCAGACUCGCUGAGCACGGCAGAGAAUGUCGACAGGGGCAACAAGGAGCUGAAGAAGGCGCUGGAGAGGCCGAGUACAGCCAAGUACACCUUUUUCGCAGCCAGCGGGCUGUGUCUGUUUGUCAUUGUAUGGGACCUGCUCAUCUAA